AUGGUUGUCAUUGUUGCCUCUUUGUUUCUGCCUUUCCAACCUCAGUUCGAGGUAAGCGGAACUGAAGCCGAUAGAGCAGCAGUACUUGAACAUGAAGCUGUCAAAGCCCCACAAUCAAAUACAGGAGGAGCAGGUUCAUUGGAAGGUAGUGACCCGACUCGCAGAAAUAGAACAAGCUCGGUGCAUUCCAGCUCGCCAUUUUCAAAUCCGGAAAAUGUUGCUCCAGACCUCCUCGACUACCAAAGCGCCAUUGUCAGUCGAGAUACGGAGCCCAAUGCCAAAGCUGCCAGUCCGAGCAUUUCAUCAGAGAUGUUCAUGGAGAAUUUGACAGCAAAUGCGGUCAAUACUGGUGCCGGAGGGACUCCAGUCAAUCCCGUUCACAACACAGGUAAUACCUCGGUCGAAGAAUUUUUUAGUUCACAUCCGGGAAGUGCAAUGCAGGCCGUUUUUGGGCCCAGUGGCGUUUCUAGUAGAAACUAUUCAGUAACCUCAACUCCAGGUGCUGAGGGAAUCUUGAGCCCCACGCCUCAGCAUGACUCUACGGCAAACCUGUUGAAAAACGUGAACAAGUCCUUGUACCAGAACAUGUUUACUUCCAGCGGAAGUCCUAUUCCGGCGGCAGCGUUUGAAGGUAAAUCCCAGCCUCAUGCGUCUCAACCAACGAGCACUGUCAUUACUCCGAAGUCUAGAGACGUGCCGGAUCUGAAUUCCAGUGUGGUUGACCUUCCCAAAGCCAAGCAGCAACAGCAGCAACAAUAUUCAUUGCCGGCAAUGAGAAGGGUUCAUCGGAAGUCCUCGGGUGCUGCCCAACUUGCUGCUGAUUCAAAAGAUCACAAAGGUGCUCAACACUAUCCUCCGAAGCAUCCACUGCGUACGCAUGAGUCUGGUCGUCACAUCUCCUCUGCAUUGAAAAAUGAGGUGAUUGAAGAGAGCGAUAGUGAUGAUAACUUCUCAUAUAAUGAGGACGACGAGUGCUACGAAAAAUCCACCGUACCUCAAUUCGGUGGAUACUCAAUUAAUGCUAAAACCAGAGCUUCCUUACUUAUGGGCUCCAAAAAUAUUUUUGCUCAAGUACCUUGGAAAAUUGUCGCUUCGGGCAAAGGAAAUGGCGGGUUGAAGAAUGCGAUAUCCACUGCCGCGUCUGAGAAAACGAUUGAAGAAUCUGUGAAAUGGGUGGGAACAAUGGGUAUUCCAACAGACAGCAUUCCUCAAUCUGUUCUCCAGAAGGUUAGUCAUGAGCUAGAAAAUAAUUACGAAUGCGCACCUGUGAUUUCGGAUGACAUUACCUUCAAGGUUGCUUAUAAAAACUUUUGCAAACAGAUUUUGUGGCCCACGCUACAUUACCAAAUUCCAGACAACCCUAAUUCUAAAGCUUUCGAAGACCACUCUUGGAAUUACUAUCAAGAUUUAAAUCAGCUGUUUGCUGACAAAAUUGUCGAAUCGUACAAAGAGGGAGAUACAAUUUGGAUUCAUGACUAUCACUUGAUGUUAGCGCCAGGUAUGGUGAGAGCAAAGCUGCCAAAUGCCAAAAUUGGAUUUUUCUUGCAUGUUUCCUUCCCCAGUAGUGAAGUUUUCAGGUGUUUCGCUCAGAGAGAAAACAUUUUAAAUGGUAUUGUCGGGGCUAAUUAUGUGGGCUUUCAGACCGAAGAAUAUGCUCGUCACUUUUUACAGACUACGAAUAGACUUUUGAUGACAGAUGUAGACAGAAGUACCCUGAAAUACAAAGGUCGCAUUAUUAAAGUGGGAAACGAGCCCAUUGGUAUCGAUGCAUUUAUCUUGGAGGCUCAGCUAAAGGCUGAACAGGUCGAAAAUUGGCGUCGACUUAUCCGCAGUAGAUGGGCAGGUAAGAAACUUAUUGUAGGUCGCGAUCAAUUUGAUCGCAUAAGAGGACUCAAGAAAAAGUUAUUGGCUUACGAACGGUUUCUGCGUGCCAACCCUGAGUGCGUCUCCCAAGUUGUUCUGAUCCAGAUUUGCCUGGGAUCUGAGAAAGAUCCGGAACUGGAGCGGGAGAUAAUGAUAGUCAUCGACAGGAUCAAUGCAUUAUCUCCUGAUAUAAGUGUUUCUCAGCCGGUCGUAUUUCUACAUCAGGAUCUCGAUUUCGCUCAAUACCUGGCCUUGAAUUCAGAAGCAGACUUAUUUCUGGUAAGUACAAUGAGAGAGGGUAUGAAUUUAACAUGCCAUGAAUUUAUUGUCUGUUCAAGGGAAAACAAUGCACCAUUGCUGUUGUCCGAGUUCACCGGUAGUGCGGACAUCAUGAAAAAUGGCGCAUUUCUCAUCAACCCUUGGGAUAUUAAGCAGGUCGCACAAACCAUCAAACGUGCCCUCAACCUACCUGUGGAAGAGAAAAGACGUCGUUGGAAACAGCUAUACAAGAGCAUAAUGAAAAAUGAUUCCGACUUUUGGAUCAAGCAUUCUCUUACAGGAAUAUUCACCUCUUGGGAUUUCAAUCAAGAAAGAUCUACCGUCUUUAACCUGUCCUACGACACGAUACUUUCAAGCUACAAGGCAGCCAAGAAGCGUGUUUUUAUAUUUAAAAUUUCGGAGCCACCCACAGCACGGGCACUGUCAAUAUUGUCAGACUUGUGUGCCGAUAGUAUUGUUUACGUUUUCAGCUCAUUCUCGAGAAAUAUGAUGGAGAGGCUUUACACUCGUCUUUCUCAUGUUGGUUUGAUAGCAGAAAAUGGUGCCUAUGUGAGAUUGAACGGACGUUGGUUCAGCAUUGUUGAAGACAAUUCAUGGAAAGCUGAUAUCGCGAAGGUUAUCGAAGAUAAAGUUGAGAGACUUCCUGGCUCGUACUAUAAGGUGGGAGAGUCGAUGAUUCGUUUCCACACUGAGAAUGCAGAUGACAAAGAUCGCGUUUCUGGGGUUAUAGGCGAGGCAAUAACUCAUGUGAACACCCUUUUCGGAGAUAGAGGCAUCCAUGCUUAUCUGCACAAGAACAUCGUUUUUGUACAGCAGGUGGGACUCGCGUUAAAAGCUCUUCAUUUCCUCAUGGCUUACUUCAACUCUGUUAAUUCUAACAGAAACUCUACGCCACAGCACUCGGUUGAAAACUCGCCUUUGCUGAGCCCAAUCAUGGGGCCCUCUAUGUCAGCAGGUUUGAUGUCACCAAGCACACAAAGCGCGAGCAAUUCUUACUUUAGUUUAGGCCGCAGCAUAGCGCACGUGGACUUCAUGGCUGUUACUGGAUCUACGUCGCCAGUUGUGGAGCCGCUAUUUGAGUACGUUAACGACCUUGUCAAGAAGAAACACCUCAAGGCCGGCUACAGCGUGGUGUACGGCGUGUCUCCUUCGACAUAUGCCAAGGAGCACAUAGAGGGUCUCAAUGAAUUGUUAUCCAUGCUGGAAAAACUCAAUACAGCGCACCAAGACUUCAGUAACCCGUAA